GUCAGAACUCUAUCAGGCAACAUUUAGACUUCGCGUUCCUAUUUAUCAUCAGUGGCGCACGCGCGUUUUCUAAGUUUCCAGUGACGACGAACCAACCGUGAUUUCUAGAAGUUCCUUCUUUCCUCUUAAGUGGCUUACGUGAUGGCCUCGAAGUAUCGAAAUGUUGCGAAUGGAUGAGCCACCUUUCGUUCCUUCACAUUUUAUCUUCUUUUCAAUAACAACAUGGCGGAGGUAGAUCCUUUAAUUCUUUCUUAUUCACACUUGAAGGAAUUCCCUCGAGAAAAAGAUGCCUUGCAUAUUCUGAAGAAAGUAGCUUCUUUGGUGAAACCUAUGAUGAGAGCAAGAGGAUGGAAGGUUGGACAACUAACCGAGUUUUACCCAGACCAACACAAUCUUCUAGGUCUAAAUGUAAACUGCGGUCAAAAAAUAUGCCUCCGACUUCGAUAUGCCAGCGAUCGUAACCAGUUCGUCCCUAUUGAUCAAGUCAUUGAUACGAUGCUUCACGAGCUAGCGCAUAACGUUCACGGUCCCCACGAUGGCAAUUUCCACGCCCUAUGGAACCAGUUACGAGAAGAACAUGAAGGACUUAGAAUGAAGGGAUACACCGGUGAAGGGUUCUUAUCAACAGGUCAUCGACUUGGUGGUAGGAGAAUACCCCCAGAAGAAGCGCGUAGAUUGGCUCGAGUAGCAGCGGAGAAACGUCGUGUACAGAACGCGGGUUCUGGUCAACGGCUCGGCGGAACAGCUCCUCGCCCUGGCCAGGAUAUCCGAAAUGUCAUCGUAGAUGCGGUCGAACGACGUAAUAAUACCCUUCGCGGUUGUGCGAACGAUAACCAGACACAAGAUCAAAUUUGGGAAAUCGCUGACACGGCUACAAGGAACGGGUUUAGGACACAGGCCGAAGAGGAUGCUGCGAAUGAUGCUGCAAUAGCUCAAGCAUUGUGGGAGAUGGUAGAAGAGGAAGAGAGGGCUAAGAAGGGUACUAAUUACAUCCCUCCUAGCUCUAGUAUUCAACAUUGGGGAGAUGACAGCACUUUUGCUUCAGGAUCGAACUCUACACGAACGACUCAAUCUGAUAUAGGUGGAGGUGAAGAAGAGCUGACGUGGACUUGUGAUAUUUGUACCCUCGAGAACCCGGCUAGGUUCCUUUGUUGCGAUGCGUGUGGUACAGAACGGACCGAAACGAUCUCCCAAAACCUUGCCAAGAGAUCGUCCAAGAAACAAAGAACAUUCAUUGACCUUACCGAAUCUCCACCACCAACCAACAAGAAAAGCGCUUCAUCCUCGAGUUCGGGGUCACCUCCAAAAUUGGGUUCGAGAUCAGCAACGAAGUCGGCUGUACAACAACCAUCCCAAUGGAUAACCCCUGAAAAGCCACCCUCGCCAACUUGGACUUGUUCGUUUUGUGGGCGGAUUAGGGAGCGUCAGUGGUGGUCUUGCGACUUAUGUGGAACGAUCAAACAGACAUCAUGAUGAUAAUGAGGAAAAUUAUGGAAUUACGGUUUGAAAAGUUUGCUGGUAAAUUAUGACACUCUUUGGAAUUUAGCGACACCUGUAAUACAGUAGAUAUUGAACAUAGCAUUACGGAUACUCACCAUUUUCGUGUGGCGUUGCGAGUUAAGGUCCGAAGUUUGGGGAAGAAUUUAAUGGGAGAAUGACAUCAUAAUGCUGGUCUUUACUUCAUCGUGUACAUAUGUAGCAGUAUUGAAUUUUCGCGUUCUCCUAUCUUCGUAGUACUAUUCGGUUACGCACUUAUGUAAGGAGGAGGUCAGUUUAAGGGGCUUCUCAUCCAUUCUUUUAGAACCGUAACCCUUUUAAUUGGCAUGCAAACAACAAUCUACUUAUUAAUUCA